UUUAUCAAGCAAACACAGUACGCCAAUUUCCAGUCGUCCGCCAUUACGGGUGGUUUAUCAAAGAACACUAAAAAAGAGGAAUCAUGUGUUAUAUAUUGCCGAAUUUCUCCCGUUGACAUUUUGGCAGUAUGCCGCCUUAUCGGCAAGUAUUGGCUGGUUUCUAAGUUCCCUAACACAACGGAACAGGCUGAUCUCUAACGGAGGUUCUCGUGACACUUGGGAUACACGGGUUCGAACCCUGGGACAGACACAAAUCUUACCAUAUUUGUUGGAUGAAAAUUCAGGAUGGAAAUCUGAUAUAGAGUUGACAGCUUAAUUCGACACACUAUCAGAUAUGUGAGGCUGAGCAACGAACAACGACUUGAAAUUAGUUCUUCCAGUCCCCACGCCUUCCCUCGUCAUGACUAUUUCGUCUUUGAUAGCUGGGUGCCUCAUCGCUAUCUUCAUAACGACUGUACAUGGGACAUGUAUUGAGAGCCUGGGAGGGAUAGCUCCCGCUUUUGUUCAAGUCAACGAAUCAGAAAGUAACACCGUCAUUCUACACACGACAAACCUACCAUCGCUGAUUUGGAACUUCACUAUCAGUGAGGUUGACGGUGUAAACGAACCAAAACAAGUAUCUGGAACACGACCUGCUAACGAAAUACAUCAACAUCUCCGUGUCUAGCACCAGCGUGGACCUUUCGCUAAUCCAGCCACUUAACACGGAAUACUUCUGCCAAUUUUACAACACUCAGUUAUACUCAUUCGUCAUCGGUGUUAAAUGUACAGAUCCCGUGGCUGGUUCCAAAGCCAUACCUUUGAGUUUUACGGUGAGCAACAUUGAAGUGGAUGAAUUCAAACCCGAGUUUGCGAUACAACCAUUACACGUUGAAAUACCAGAGAAUUCACCUGUUGGAACGACAUUGAUACUUCUCAAUAAUACCCUUAAGGAUGACGACUGUCCGCCUAACAUCGGACGGAAUACCAUCCGACUCUCCAGCUAUACCAUUGAUCCACAGGUAAACGGAAUAGGCAUUGUGGAGAUCAGACUCGGAAGUGUUGGUGACGUCGUGUUAACACAAACAGUAGACUUUGACAAAGAGUAUGCUAAGAGACAGCCAGUGUACUUCAUGGUUAACGUGAGGGUAACGGAUCCAGAGAAUCGCUUAACGACAACAACUCUUCGAAUAGACAUAAAGGAUGUGAACGACUUGCCUCCCGCUUUUGAUGAGAACCCUUAUAAAUCUCAUACAAGUAUAACAUACAGAGGGAAGUUGUCCGUUACACCUACUGCUAUUCGUGCUGUCGACCAGGAUGUUUCUAUUAACUGCUCUAUAGUAUAUAGUAUAGUCCAAGGUGGUCUGUUUAGUCAAUCUUUCAAUAUUGAUUCCACAACGGGAGAAGUAACUCAAAUCCUGGAUGUCAUGUCACGCGCAGACGUCAUUCAGAUACAGGCAACAGAGAAUUGUCCUGGUACGGUUCAACAGCGAUCACGAACUGUUCCACUGUUAAUUACGUUCAAUAACAACACAGUGCACCUACCACCAGAUUCUGGCAAGUCGACCGCCGAGGAAGGCUCAGAUUUCCGGCUUAUACUAAUUGUUAUCGGAGUUGUCGCCCUUGUUGUCAUUAUCGCCCUGUUGGUUGGUUUUUUGUUCUAUCACAAAAGAAUGUCACGUGCUGUACGUCCGGAUCAGGAUCGACCGGAAACUCCUCGCACUGAGGAGGAAGACUUAGACACCGAUCGUUCAGGCAGUAAAGAAGUUCUUAUCGACCCAAUGAUGCUUCCGACACCUACUGCAAAGAAAGGACAGUUACCUCCUUUGAAUAUGACAUCAACGGGAACAGAAACAGAUAGAAAGAAGAAGCGAUCUAGACGGAGAAACAAGAAAAAGGAGAUUGAUAUUUAUGAUGGUACUAGAGAAUAUGACAUGGCUGCAGAUCCCGACUUCUUCAAAUCAACACAGAAAGACAAGAUUAAACGAUCCACGAGGAGCAAGGACAACAAAACUACGGAUCCUAACCGGAGAUUAACAGUCCAGAAUGAAUAGCCUGUUACAAAAGGAUGCUGGCUUUGUCUUCUAUUCUACAAUGUAUAGUAAUCUGUCCAUCAUAAACAAAUAAUUUCUUCGCUACAUCUCUUAUUCUAUGAAGUCGACUGGGUCGCUCUAGGCAGCGUAUGGGCAGGUUCUAAGAUUUAGAAAACUUGACAUUUGAUGACUGAAAAUAACUGCUGUUGCUAAAGAUUCUGUGUCUAAACAGUUAUCAUUGUAUUGUAAGAGUGGAGUAUGUUCAAUGGACUGAUUACAACACUUUAAAUAGACUUCUAUACAGCUGUGUACAUGCCAGCAGAGUAUGUAAGGUAUAUGUGAUAUUGAGUUAGCUGUGAUAAUUACCAAUAAGUGUUUAUAGUCUUGUUUCAAUAGUCAUACUGUUGUUUUGUCGUAUACGUUGAUACACUACUAUAGCAGCAUUCGAGAUGGAUAUUCUGUCAAUUGAUCGAUGACAAGCAGGUUCUUUGUGUGAUAUAGUUUGAGUCUAGCUCUUUUCAAAUCCAAUUUUUUGUUUGUUGUGCUUCGCCAUAAAUUGACAGUACGUAAACAUAGAAUUAAAUUUGACUGCUAACGCAUUACAUGGCCUGACAAUAAGUUGCUUAUUAUUAUCAAUGAUAUUGAAUUUGAGUUGUUGUUCUCAUAUUAAAAUUUAAGUACAUCGUUCUCUGGCUAUAUAUUGAAUUUUUUAUUUGAAUUUUUAUUUAUUUGAUAAUUGAAAUAACCAUCAGACUUUUUUUUAAACUAGGAUUAAAGGAAAUGAUAAAGGACUAUGCUUACAAUAUCGAAACGUCAUUAUGUUCAGAACCUGUUCUUGUUUGAGAUGCCAGUUAAUUAAUUGUAUAUAGUUUAUACACUUAGUUCAUUCCACUUGUUACAUAUAUAGAAAUCACUGCGUUUUUGCAGUAUUAAGGAUAUUCAAUAAGUGUUUUCUCAUGUGAGGUCUAGUUAAACGUGACAAAGCUGAUUUUCUGUCACUGACGUCGUAUUGACGUGCAGUGUGAUAUGAGAGAUGUCAAUCCAUAUUACAAAGCGGAUAUGGCGGAGGGACCUGUGAAUUCGUUAAGUGCCAUUAAUAUGUAUGAACAUAAGUUCUCAGUGAAGGAUAUGUAUGCAUUAAACCGAAAUAUAGAAACAAUAAAUGUAGAUCACCUGGACUGUCACUGGUAGUUUUAUUUGUUAGCAUUACAUGUCAUUGUUUGUUUGUUGUUUGUUGUUUUUUUUUUAAAUAAUUGCUCCCAUGGUAAAUUCUGUUAACUAGAACGGGAUUCCAUCUGAACGCAGGAUUUUAAUUCACUAGCUGCAUUUAAUAGUUUAACUUGUUGUUUUUCAUAAUAAAACAUCAUCGAUCAAAUUCACCAAUUUAGUUGAUCCCAUUUGUAUCAAAACACUUCAAAGUGAAACAUCAGUAUUGGCCACUUUAGCAUUUAUAUUGUACGGAUUGAGGGAUGAUUGAUGUCGUGGACCCAUUCGUUUGGUCAUUGAUACAUAGGUACGUAAUCGUUAAAACUAAAUAAAGAAAUCAACAAAG